AUGGUGUCUGGAUGGGGACAGCAGUCGUGGCUGCUGCCUGGAGUCCGCCUGUCUGUCCGCCAGUUGCCGACACGGGUGGGCCGAGGCGGCCACGUCCGGGCUGGGGCAGAUCCCGUGAAGACGGCAUUCGUGGGCCCAGGAGCUGCCCGGAGCCAGCACGAGCGCUGGGGCCCAGGUGAAGUUGACUUUCCGGGGUGGGGCGAGGCUGCGGCAGUUUCGGGGCCCGUGCCAGGCCCUGCCCUCACCCAGAGGGCCGCACUGACCUUCACGGCCCCAACCACCCUCGUCACCACCCUGGGGACCCCACCCACGCAUCCUGACCCCUGCCCUGGGGCCCCCACUCAUGGCCCCUGUGACCUCAGCGCUGGGCUCCCCCGUCCACCUUCCACAGGCCCUGAACGCCUGGCCCCCCCGCACCCAGGGCUGGCAGAUGAAGAGGUGGACGGCAGGGUUCUUGGGAAUACCCAGGGUGCAGGGGCUGGAGACAGUGAACCCCUCCUGGGGGCCACAGCCACAGCCUGCCCCUGGGCUGGGAGAGCAAGGGAGGGUGAGGAGGGGGAGCCAGCGGGGGAACCGGGGCAGGAGGAAUGCCCCAUCUGCACAGAGCCCUACGGGCCCAGUGAGCACCGCCUGGCGCUGCUGAACUGUGGCCACGGCCUGUGUGCGGACUGCCUGCACCAGCUGCUGGUCGCGGCCCCCAGCGCCGACCUGGGCCGGGUCUGCUGCCCGCUCUGUCGCCAGAGGACACCCAUGCUCGAGUGGGAGAUCUGCCAGCUGCAGAAGGAGCUGCUGCAGGCGGACGGGCCCCAGGGCCCACGGCCCCCCACGCCCCCCGCACCUGCCCGCCGCGGCCCUGGGCCCUGGGCGUCCCUGGAGCACCGGUACCAGCUCCGCUUCCUGGCAGGACCCGUGGGCGGCCGGGGCUGCCUGCCUUUCCUACCCUGCCCGCCCUGCCUGGGUGCCCGGCUCUGGGCCUUGCGGGUACGGGGGCCCUGCUCCCGCCGCCUAGUGCUGCUGGGCCUGCUGGCCCUUGAGCUGCUGGGGCUGCUGCUCAUCUUCACGCCGCUCAUGCUGCUGGGGCUCCUCUUUAUGCUGCUGGACCGCGCUGGCCACUAAGCAGGGCCCGGCACACCUGCGCCCGUGCCACCAGGGCCGCCGAGGGGCCAGGAGGCCCGGGCUUGCCCUGAGGCCUGAUGGCCGAGCUGAAAAACCCAAGACUGAGUGGGGCACUGGCCUUCGAUCAAGAACCAGGUCUGGGGCCAGGGCUACCCAGGGACCUGUGUUCAGCCUCCGACCGAGCCAGAGACUUCAAACUACCCUGCUGCCCAGACGCUACUGACGCCCAAGGGCGGUGCCGGAGGAGGUCUGCAACCAGGGCCCCCCAAGCACCCCCUCGAUGGAAGGGUCCCAAACUGACACAGCCGUCUUCACCCCGUCUCCCUGCCCCGCCCGGCCUGUCUGCAAGAGGGACACAGCGGACACGAAAGUGAACAGAGACGUCUGGUAGUGAGGUGACUCCUUGAAGAGAGUGGGGCCCUGGGUGCAGGUCCCCCCACCUGGUCACGUUCCAGAUGAGGGCCAGUGUGUAUUCCCUGAAGGACAGGGCACCAGAGGGGAGGGGCCCUUGCCGCGCAAGCUCAGGCCACAAAUAGCUCCCUCACUGGCUGGGUCAGGACCCAAGGGGGCGGCCCGAGCGGCCAGGUGCCCGAACUGCAAGGAACAAGGGCCCCGCCAGGCCUUGGAGCUGGGGAGCACUGAGCUGAGGCCCAGUGCCCUGCAACCUCAUGUCAUCGAGCCCUUUAUCUAAAGGACAAACACAGAACGACCUCGCGGGCUUGUGCCCAGCGCCAGGAAUGGCUCUCAAUAGACAGCAGCUCUCCUGAAA